AUGUCUGCUUUCACGGGCGCAUCGCCUCCCAAGCGUGGAAGGCCAAGAGGUGAUGUAGGAAUUGUACAAAUUAAAAUAAAGAAGGAUGUAUACGAGAUGUGGAUUGCAAGAAAAAAUUCUGUUGGAUUUUCUACAAAGUCACACAGGAUUUUGCACGCCACUUGCUCCUAAAUUUCUGUGAAGAAGAACCUUUAUUGGAAAGUUAGCAGAAUAGAGAGCGUUUCCACAUUCAUUAAUCCUGAAUUCAGAACAUACACUGACAACCCAUCAUUUGAGAGUGAUACAUCAAGUUCAGAAUCAGAUUAUGAUACAAGGUAAUUAUAUUUAUGUCAAUAACAGUAACAUACAUUUUUGUGUAGGCCAGAGAAAAAGUUGCCUCUUUAACACCUGUACAUUUAACUUUGUCCGAGGUUUAUGUUGAAAUUACCAAUGUGGAUAUGCGUCUUUGAUUUUAAUUGAACCCAUUAACAAGUCUGUUUAUUGCUAGGCAAAUUCCCUCUCAAAAUGAAUUAAAUAUACAGUUUACCUCUUUUUGAUUAAUAGUUCUUGUUCAAGUAAAAAUGGAUCAGAAGAUGACCUAAGCAAUGGAAACUGGUGGAGUGAUGUUGAAGGGUAAGGAACAACUACAUGUACUGUACUUUUCUUUUGUGUUAUAGUUUGGUUAUUUCUCAAUGUGCAAACAAAUCUAUCUUGCACUUGCUGGCGGGAAUCCCAUUUUGUAAUUUGAAUAUUGUAUUGCAGUACUGUAAUUAAAAAAAUAUGUCUUGUAUUUUAUAGGUUUUCUGAAGAGUAUGAUGCAGAGACAACAUUAAGUGCCACAGAAGAUGACAUGUUGGAGGCUGAGCCUUGUAUUCAUGAUUCAACAAAAGGAAAAGAGGAUAUGUUGGAAACUACAUGUAUUCAUGAGUCAACAAAAGGAGAAGAAGACAUGGAUCUCAGCAGUUCAGAAGAAAAGGAAACACUGCAAGAAAGAAAUAAAAGGCUAGCGGAAGAGAUUCAAACAGCAUUUAAUGUACUGAGUGGUUUAGGCAAACAUAAUAGUAUAUGCAAUGAGCAUUUUAAGAGAGAUCGAGUUAUUGUUGACGUGGCCUUAUUACUGGAAACUUUUAACAACAGUUGCCAGCACUUAUCGUGUCCUGGAACAAGUCGAGUAAUUAAUUCUAAAAUGGAAGGUGGUGUUUUGAGGGUAUCAUGGGAGUGUUGUAAAGGUCAUAAAGGAUUAUGGACAUCUUCAAAAGUACUCUGUCAAAAAAAAGGGCAAAAUAUUUACACCAGUUCCUUGUUGAUGGUGGUAUUUUUAUGUCUGGAAACAACUUUGACAAAUUAG